AUGAUCAUGUCUUUCCAGGGCGGUAUUCCUGGCCUCGGCCUACUGAGCUCUGAGCAGCAGCAGCCUGCCGCUCCUUCGCCCUCCAUCACCCCCGACCCCCACGCGCAAGCGCCUCCGACCAGCGAUGCGCCGCCCGCAGGUGCAUCCGCAGACGCGCUGGACGAGAAACCCGCUGUCGUCGACACCAACAUUCCUCCCACCGAUCGCACCUCAAACAUCCAAACACUAGGCCAAAAGCUCGAGGAAAGCUCCCUGCAAGCCGCCGCUCCCGUCAAGGAAGAGGCGCUCUUCAUAGAAAAGACUGACCGGCCCCAAGACAAGCCGGUAAAUGUCGAAGUGCAGGGCGACACAGCUGUAAAUCAGGAUGAGAAUGGCCAGGAUACUUCAAUGGCUGAGAGUUCCGGUCCUUCGGCGAGCACCGCUACUGCGAAUGGCGACGCUACUAUGGCAGACGGCGACGACGGCAUGAUCGAGCGGAAGCCGAAGGCAGAUCCUGAGUUUUUGCAGGCCGCCGAGGCGAACAAGGGCAAUCCGAGUGCCGAGUGGCAGUUUGAUUCCUCGGAUGCCGAGUCGUCCGACGACUCAGACACCUCUAGCGAUACAUCUUCGGAAGAGGAAAGCGACGAUGACGAAUACCCAAUGCUCGACGCUGCCGAGGCCGCCCGCAUCCUGAUGCAGGAAGAAUAUGGCGACGAUGAAGGUGGAAAAGGCCCGGCGGCGCAGCUUCGCACCGCGAACGAGGUCGUCGAGGAGAAGAUCGAGAAGCCCAAGGUUACUGUGACGCCGGAGAUGAAGAUUACCGAGCUUGGGGAUGUCGAGAGCAUAGUCGACAACAUGAUCCUCAUCAGGGCGAACACGACGGGCGAGUACCAGGUGCUUGAGGGCGGGUCGGUAUUGUGCAAAGAUGACCGGUCCGUCAUCGGCGCUGUAGCCGACACCCUUGGCAGAGUGCAAGAACCCCUCUACACUGUGGCCUUCAACAACGGCGAAGAAAUCACCGAGGCUGGCCUUGUGAAGGGCCUGACCAUUUACUACGUCGACAGUCACUCCACUUACGUCUUCACGCAGCCUCUGAAGAACCUGAAGGGCACGGAUGCAUCCAACCAGUUUGACGAAGAGGUCGGCGACAAUGAGAUUGAGUUCUCCGAUGACGAAGCUGAGGCCGAGUACAAGCGCCAGCAGAAACAAAAGAAACGCGCUGCACAUGAAGAGAAACACGGACCCCGUGGCGGCGGCAAGGCCACUCCUCAACAGGCAUACACGGGUGCUUUGAGUUACGACGACGACGGAACGGACAUGUACACCCCCAUGAAGAGGCCGGACAAUCUCCAUCACCAGAUGAUGGACCAAGGUGGUGCUCCAGUGGAGGGACAGCCUGGUUCAUACAAACCUCACCGGGGACGUGGAAAGCGUGGCGGACGUGGUGAGCGAGGCGGACGUGGCGGAGGUGGUGGUGGUGGUGCUCGUGGAGGAGGCGGACUUCAAAGCUCCGCUGGUCAUCUGAAAACCCAACAGAACCCGCCUCAGACGCAAGCGCCUCCUCAGCAGGCAUUCUCUUUCGUUCCGCCUCCACCGCCGCAGGUGAACCCGUCCUAUCCCCAGCAGUCCUCUUCACCUUUCCAGUUCAACAGUCCUCAAGCAUACGCAUGGCCUCAGAGUACCCCCUCACCAGUCACCUUUGGCCAGAAUACCUCACAAGCAUCUUCCAACUUCCCGGCUGGUGCCUUUGUGAACCCGGCCUUCUUCCAAGGACAGCAACAGCAGCAGCAACAGCAACAGCAGCAGCAGCAGCAGUCUUACGGUACACAGGCACCGUACCAAGCUCCUCAGCAAGCUGCGUACACUUCUCAGUGGAAUAACCAGCAAGCUGCCGACGCAUGGCGCAUGGUCCAAGCGAUGGCUGCAGCUCAGGCAAACACUGGCGGCCAAGGCCAGGGCCAGGGCCAGGGCCAGAUACAGAAUCAAACUCAGCAAAGUUCGGCUAACAGUGCCGCUGCGAUCCAGGAGAUUCUAAGAAAUCUCAGUAACCAAAACAACGGUGCUGGACAGCAGUAG